CAAGGUGCCCCCGCCGAAGUUUCCCAUCAGCUGCUCGAAGGCUGCCUUGGAGGUGGGACUGAGAGAGAAAGAGAGAGGCUGCUUCCCUGCCUCCCCCUCCUCUGUCUCACUCUUGCUGCAUUCAGAUGGGAUGCUCGCCCCCACCUUCCCACACGCCACGCGGAUGCAGCUCCCCCCAACCCGCCGAGGAUGACUUUUCUCCAUCUCCAUCACCACCCUCUCCAUCACUGGUGUCUCUUCUGCUUUGCCCGCUGAGCCCGGCUGGAAGAGGAGCAGAGAUGGGCUUGUUGCCUGCCUCCUCCGGGUGCCUUGGCACCACCUCUUGGCUUGACUGAGCGCCUGGUUGGAUCAGCCCCUUUGGCCCCUCUCCCUCCCUCCCUCCCUCCCCACCUGAAGUCUCUCCCCAUCCUCUUGGUCUGCAUCUGGCUGGACGAUGCAUUCACGUGUGCGCCAGCCCUGUGUGUAAUGCUGCAGUGGUCAAGCCAACACCGCCCGAGCCGCAUCUGCAAAAAGAAGGCGCAGGAAGACUUGCCAGGCAGCUCUUGGAGCACAUAGACAACAAAAAGGAAGAGGCUCCCCACCCACUCACCGACUUACCUACCCACCUUUGUCCAACUGGCUGUUGUUCUCUCCUCUUCCUAGUGGUACCAAAGCUCACUUGGGGAUCUUCCAUUGGUCCUUUCUUCGGCUCUCCAAGGCUCAAGCUCCUUCCUCCCUUGGCUUGUUGUCAGGUCCUCGUCCCUUUGUAGGCAACCCCCAAUUUCCCCCUCUAGUCUCGACUCACUCCAAGGGCAGCCUCUCCCCCCCUCCCCAUUUCGAAAUUAAUGUGUUUGUUUGGCUGCAGCAUCCAGGCAGGAGGAAAGCAAAGCUUGGAAACCCAUUGAGUCUCUCUCUUCCCCCUCCUUGGGCCAAGGAAGCGAUGAAAUUUCCAAUCGAGACACCAAGGAAACAAGUGAACUGGGAUCCUCAAGUUACUGUCCCGGCAGCCAUUCCCCCAGCUUGUGAGCCUGAAACCAAUAAGACCAGCGUACACCAGCCAGGACCACGACUUUCUCUUUCCUCUCCACGGACCAGUGUGAUUGUCAGUAUGGAAGCCCCUUCACAGGGUUUACAGACAGUCAUGAAGUGGAAAACAGUUGUGGCAAUCUUCUUUGUGGUUGUUGCCUACCUCGUCACUGGGGGCCUCGUUUUCCGUGCCCUGGAACAGCCAGAAGAAAACAGCCAGAAGACCAGGAUAGCCAAUGAUAAGGCAGAAUUCCUGCAGGAGAACAACUGUGUUUCUCAGCAAGAGUUGGAGGCAUUGAUUAAGCGGGUCAUCAAUGCUACCAAUGCAGGAGUCAAUCCUGUAGGAGACUCCUCCAACAGCAGCAGUCACUGGGAUCUUGGAAGUGCCUUUUUCUUUGCCGGAACUGUCAUCACAACUAUAGGGUAUGGAAACAUUGCCCCGAGUACAGAAGGUGGAAAAAUCUUUUGCAUUUUGUAUGCCAUCUUUGGGAUUCCACUCUUUGGCUUUCUGCUAGCCGGCAUUGGUGACCAGCUUGGAACCAUCUUUGGGAAGAGCAUUGCAAAAGUGGAAAAGGUUUUUCGAAAGAAACAAGUGAGUCAAACAAAGAUCCGGGUGAUCUCAACCAUUCUCUUCAUACUGGCUGGUUGCGUCCUUUUUGUCACCAUUCCAGCAGUCAUUUUCAAAUACAUUGAAGAAUGGUCGGUUCUGGACUCCUUUUACUUCGUAGUAGUCACUCUGACCACAGUUGGUUUUGGUGAUUUUGUGGCAGGAGGAAAUGCUGAAAUCCCUUACCGUGAGUGGUAUAAGCCCUUGGUGUGGUUCUGGAUUCUUGUAGGCCUUGCCUACUUUGCUGCUGUCCUCAGCAUGAUUGGAGAUUGGUUACGGGUCCUUUCAAAGAAGACUAAAGAAGAGGUUGGUGAAAUAAAAGCCCAUGCAGCUGAAUGGAAAGCCAAUGUAACUGCAGAGUUCAGGGAAACCCGCCGGCGGUUGAGCGUGGAGAUCCAUGACAAGCUCCAGCGGGCAGCCACCAUCCGGAGCAUGGAGCGCCGACGCCUUGGGCUAGACCAGAGAGCCCACUCGUUGGACAUGCUGUCCCCAGAGAAGCGCUGUGUCUUUGCCGCCUUGGACAGUGGCCACUUCAAGGCUUCAUCUCAGGAAAGCAUUAGCAGCAAACCGAACAACUUACGCCUUAAAGGAUCAGAUCAGUUGACCAAGCAUGGGCAGGGGGCAUCUGAGGACAACAUCAUCAACAAAUUUUGCUCUUCGUCCAAGCUGACCAAGAGGAAAAACAAAGACCUUAAAAAGAGUAUUCCAGAAGAUGUGCGGAAAAUAUAUGAGACGUUCAGGAACUACUCCUUGGACGAAGAGAAGAAAGAGGAGGAUUCUGAGAAAGGGUGUCACUCAGACCACUCUAGUACUGCUGUCCUCACUGACUGUAUUGAGCAACACUUGGGCUUGGAGAAUGGAAUUAUCCCCAGUGAAACCAAAGAAAGGGAACAUGAAAACAAAUCAUUACUUGAAGACAGGAAUUAAAUGUCAAAUCUGUCUUUUGACUGUCUACAGACCCAAUGUUAGUCUUUUAUACAUGUACAUGAUAUAUAGAUAGCUAGGUAGAUAUAUGUAUCAAGACACGUGCCUUAAACAGACUCCAAAUUCAGUCUGAAUUACAUAGCAUCCUAGAAUAUUUCACUGUGCCAUAAUGACCGAAGCUUGCUCUGCCAAAAGAAAUCACAGAUAAAACCUUGGAGAAUGGCAUCUGAAUGUGGAAUAUGACAGCAUCAGCCUACAUAUGUCCUUCAAAGGUGCCAUGGUAAUGCAGCUGGAAGGUGAACAGCAAUGGCAGGAAUGUGUGUGUGAGUUCAAAGUCAGACGUCUUACAAGAGCAUUUGGGGUAGUGAGGAAAGAAGGCUCUGCGUGUCUUUCAAGUGAAUCACACAUUUCUUCUCUCCCUUUUUAUAAAAAUGCAAAAUUAUGGGGUAAAUGGUGAAUAAGGCAGUCUUUAUAGUUUGAUCUAGGAUCCAAAUAUGAUUGUUUACCCAAUGUCUGUUAAAACCAUUGAGUUAACUUUUGGUAAUCCAAAAACAUAAAAACAAUAAUAUGCCCACACAUAAGGAAGCCACCUGGAUGUCAAGGAAACAGUAAUGAAAAUAGAGCAGGAUGCUUUUUUUAACAGGGGAAAGAAUACCCAUAGAAACAACACCUUGUGAAUACUUAUCAUGACAAAUGAAAAAAAGAGGGGGAAAUGAAAUAGAACUCAAUAAUACUAGGGGAUAAACUUCAGAAUUUUAGAAUCGGUUUUUUAAGGGAGAAGAAAACAUCACAAUCUUGUGUUUGGUUCAAUAAGCAGUGAGCCACUUUCCUUUUUUAAUUUUUUUGCGUUCACGUUUUGUAUCACUGAGAAGCUUCAGUUUUUAAGCUAAUUCUAUAGAGACAGAAAACAAAGCCUUUGCAUGUUGUCAAGCAUUUGCUAUCCCCUGUAGCAAAAGAAAUUCUUAAAAAAUAAAAUAAAAUGAAUGAAUCAAAGAAAGAACGAAAGAAAGAAAGAAAGAAAGAAAGAAAGAAAGAAAGAAAGAAAGAAAGAAAGAAAGAAAGAAAUAGAUGUUAAGUGCAUAUACAAUGUAAAGUCAAAGGGGCAGGGCAACUUUCAGAUCUCAGGGCUCUGUCCCUUUUAGCAUUUAGGGUUAAAGUAAGAAAGACAAGUCACAUCAAAUUCCACAAAGAAAAUGAUGACAAAAUGUGAUGAAAUAUUGUAAUGCUUUAAGUGCCAUUAAUAACAUCAUAAUUGUGCAACUGUUUAAUCACAAAUAUUCUCCUUUAAGGUUUACAUUUCUUUCCCAUUCACUUUAGCUUUCCUUCCUUCCAUCCUCCCCUCCCUCCAAACCUAAGGAAUGUCUCAUUCUUUUUCUCAUACCAAAUGACAACAACAAAAAAUAACAUGUUUUAUAUUCACUGUCAUAUCAUUGCUGUGUGGACACAGAAAGCACAAAUGGUUUUAACUUCAAAAUGAAUGUUAAAUGAAGAGGCUGUGAGAAAGUUAAUUAAUGGGAAAUACAUACUAUGCUGGACUCUUGUGUAUGUUUAUGUGCUUUAGAAAGUGUGUGGUGCAUUACUGGUGCUCAUUGGAAAGGGAAACAUACUUUGAACACAUGUGGAAGCUCACAUAAGUUUAAACAAUCCUUCCGAUAUGAAUCGGGGGCAUUCUUUUAAAAACAGAUUUAAUAUCUCUUAUCCAAAAUGCUUGGGAUAAGCAUUUCCGAUUUUGAUUUUUUUUAAAAAAAAAAACAUUUGUAUGUACAUAAUGAAAUACCUUGGAAAUGAAACCCAGGUCUGAACACAAUUUAUUAUGUUUCAUAUAUGCCUUAUACAAUAUAUUUAAUAAUUUAGUGCAUGAAGCAAAGUUUGUGUACACUGAACUAUCAGCAAGCAAAUGUGUAACUAUCUCAACUAUCU